AUGCCCGUGGCGUCGGCAGGCUGGAUCACGUUUGGCGCGCUGGUGCUGUUUGGUAUCGCAAGUGGCCUUCCCUUUUGGUCGCACGCGCCGCCGUCGGCCAACGUCAGCAUCAGCGUUGGCUUGUGGCAAUUCUGCGUGUACGUGCAUGCGAAAGCCACGACCACCAGUGAGUGCCCCAUUCCGUUCGUGGACGUCGAGUGCUGGUGGCUCCAUGCAACCAACAACUCUCCGUUUUCAACCGUUCGACUGUGUUCGAUGCGCUCGCACGACACGUUGGCGAUGCUCACGUGCGACGCCCCAGCUGCAUCCACCUUUUUGCGGCGGGCGUGCAGCGGGACCGGGUUGGCGGCUGUGUUUUUGGCGGUCGCGGUGCUGGCCCUCGUAGCUGCUUCGUUUGUCGUGGGGUUUGUCUACCGGGACCGCGAUUACGCUGGCCCAGCCGUUCCUGUUCCGACCAUGUGGCCAACGAUGCUGCUCUCGCUCGCGUGCUCGUUCUCCGUGGCAUGGAUCGUCGUAUGGUCCAUGUAUUCGCCGCCAACGGCUACCUUUGGCUCGGGCGCUGUGCUGCAGGUGGCCGCGACUGGCGUCCUGAUGGCUGCGUUGGGAGUUGAGAUCGAGGAAAUCAUGGCGUUGGGGGGACUUGGUUUGUGCCGCAAGGCUCUGCGUCGCAUUCGAGCGAGGGUGUGA